AUGCCAGCCACCUCUCACAAUCGGAGAAUUGUAGCAGGCUUGGCUUGGUUAGGGUUAGGUUCUGUGGUGGCACGUGAACAUGUGAGAGGAGGGGUAAAGUUGGGUGCCAGAGCAGGGUGGCUGCUGCGGCCAGGCACCAGAGAGGAAGAGGAAUUUAGUGGGGCUGUUGGAGAACGAGCAGGUGGGGAGGGAGAGAGGGAGCUGCAGAACAAGUGGCUGGAGGUGGAGGCUGAGCACUUGAAUCAGGUUUAUGGACAGCAUAUUGCAAGUUACUUGGUGACAACAUGGGCCAACUUGUUAUCAGAGUUGAGGGUAGAGGGGGGAAGGGGAGGACGGGACCAAGUCGGAGGAGGGAGCACCGCAGCCCCAGCCUCUUUGCGCAAGUUCCCGUGCACCAAGCUGUUGGGUUCUCCAGGCCCGACCCUGCUGGCGUUCCCUGGCCCAGCAGCCGCCACUUCCGCUGUCACCACAGCGAAAAGGUGCCUUCCUUCACCGGCUGCUGCUCCUGUGCCCUGCUCACGUCGAUGGACUAUGGAUCCUACCAGCAUCUACAGAAAGGACAGGUGGCUGGCAGAGCGGCAGGCUGAGCUGUGCCAGGCAGAGCCGGAAAUGAUGGCGAAGCUCUCCUGGGGCACAAGGCUGGGAGUCCUAGCCGAGCAGACCCUCCAGUUGGUGCAGCAAGAAAUCUAAAAGCCCCCGACAGCUGCCCACCAGGACUCAGAUCGGGUUCCUGUCACCCCUCACCCCUUCAAGAUAGGCGACAGCGUUUGGGUCCGGAGACAUCAGACAAAAACUUUGAAACCACGGUGAAAAGGUCCAUGCACUGUACUCCUGACCACCCCAACUGCUCUGAAGGUGGACGGAAUUGCUGCCUGGAUCCACGCAUCGCACGUCAAAGCACCUCAUCGACAAUCCGGAUCCAGGAUCACUAUGAAAGCUCCAGUGCACCCAAA